GUUUUUAAAAUACAGAAGAAUUCUGGAUACGUGAAAAAUGUUUGUAAAUAUAUGAAAUAUAAAAAACGAUAGAACGUUGUUCUAGUACGUGCGAAAUGUAUGUAUGUAUGUAUACACAUAGAUAGAUAUCGAAUUAUAUACAUAUAUAUAUAUAUAUAUAUAUAUAUAUAUAUAUAUAUAACAGAUAGACAUAUACACGCUCGUUGUCAUCGAAUUCAAAAUCCUAACAUUGAACGCGUUAUGCUUUACGUAUUUUACCUCUACAAUUGAAAUGGACGAGAUUGGGAAAUGAAAGAGUGUGCCGACAACAGAACGAACAGGAAAUAUAUCGUGUAAUCGAAUUUCCGCAUUUUUACUUCUCGCGAAAACAUUCGAAUCGACAUAGUAUCGGAGGGAGAGGAAAAGAGAGAGAGAAAGAGAGAGAGAGAGACAGAUAGACAGACAGACAGACAGACAGACAGACAGAGGGAGACAGAGAGAGAAAGGAAUUCUUUUUUUCAUUUCAAACGAACGAAAAAAGUUCAUCCUUCUAAAUUCUAUCCGUCUAUCUCUCGUAAAACUAUUAUUUGAAUUUUUAUUCUAUUGAAACAAUUAUUGAUCCGAUAUAGCGUACAAUAUAUUUAUUAUUUGUUUUAUAAAAAAAUUAAUAUUGUUUUUGUAAAAAUAUAUUUUAUAUUUCAUGAUAAAGUAUAUUUUAAUAAAAUAUAUAAUCAAAUUAAAAAAAAAAUGUAUAUAUAUAUUGUAAUUUAUCUCUUUCUCUUUCUCUCACUAUAUAUAUAUAUAUACGUAUAUAUACAUACAUAUAUAGACACAAUUAUAAUUUGAUUAAAUUAUAAUGAAUUUUGUUCGAAAAAAAUGGAGCAUAAUGAUUCGAUAAAUUGUAAUAUGAUUAUAAUUCGAUACAAUACGAUAGAAUAUUUUUUAUCUGUUUGACGCAAAAAUGAAUAUCGUUCUUUUUAAAAUAUAUACGACUAUUACCUAUCCAUGCAUCCAUUGAUAUUACAGCUCGUGAUGAGCCUUAAACUCCUUCAAAAGCUUGCAUCAGUGAAUCAGUUCGUUUUUAUUUUCUGAAGUUUCCAUAACAAGUGGGUUUUUACGAGGUUGAGUUGUCAGCCUCUCAACACUCAACCCCUAUUAGUCGCCUUUUACGACAAGCAGAGGAUACUGUGGGUAUAUUCUAUUUCCCCUACCCACAGGGGGAGUAAAGACGAAUAUACAAUUUAUAAUUUGUUUGAUUAUGUUGAAUUUUAUUCAAAGAAAAAGAGAAAAAGAAAAAACAUUCGCUAAAGUCGUAUAAAAAUUUGAAAAAUUCUAACGAUUAAGUUAUAGUAGAAUAUAUUUCUUAUUUCUUCUAUAAAAAAAGAAUUAUUAUCAAUCUCAUAAAAUACAAUUCUAAUUACAAUUUUAAUCCGAUAAAUUAUAAUGAUAUUAUACAACGAUAUAAUAAAAAAGAGUAAAUUUUUUUCUUCGAAAAAAAAUUAUCAUGUAAAAGCAAAAAAGCGAUCGCUAUCUUAUCGCUAUUCUAUAGUUACUCCAUAAUUCUUCGAAUCUUAUUUACUUAGCCGUAAGUAAGUAAGUGUCUUGUUUUGUAACACAAUCGAUUUCUUAUUAAAUUUUAAACCAAUCAGAAUUACAAACGUUAAUACUUUUAUGCAAUAGAAAAAAGCGAAUAUAUCUUUCAUCCUCGGUAAUUUACUUACGUGAUAAGUUAGAUGCUUCUGAAGAAAUAAGAUUAAUCAAAAAAAAAGUCAGUCAUAUAAAGUCAUUCAAUAUACUGUCAUUAAUUAGUUAACACGUCUAUAAUUUAUUUAUUACGUUUAUAUUCUACGUUCUGUAAAAUCGAUAAUUGUUCGAUAAAUUUCUAUUUCGCAUUUUGCCAAAACUGCGAUAAUACAUUAAUAAGAAUAAAUUAUUUUCAUGGAAACACACAUGAUUCAUAAAUAAAAACGAUGUUCAAUUAUCAAAGAUAUACAUACGCACAUAUUUACACCUGUUAUUUUUUAUAUCUCUUAUCCAGCAAUUUCACACACGAUUAUCUUUGAUUCAAAUCGUUUUUACGAGAUGUCUCGUCGACUAUCGGAUAUAGUGAGAAUCGAUAUUGUUUUGUUUAUCUGACACCUAAACGAUCGAUUCGCAUGAGACCGCAUGUUCAUAGUUAGACGAGAAGAGAUUGUGCUUAAGUAUAAACGUGUUCUUGGAUAAUGGAAGAGAGUCAAAAGGAUUGCGGAAGUUUAGUAUACCAACAGAAGAUGACUAUUGUGAAAAAUCGAAAUUUCUGCAAAAACUGCAGAUCGAAAUUUGACGAAAAUAACAGCAUAUUUUUCAGUCGUUUGGUAAGUAUCUUUAUAGCAGUAAAAGAUGAAAUAAACGAGAUUCAAGUUAAAAAGGAAGAAGAGGAAGAAAAAAUAGAAGAAGAAGAGGAGGAAGAAAAAGUGGAAGAAGAAGAAGAGGAAGAAAAAGUGGAAGAAGAAGAGGAAGAAGAAAAGGAGAAAGAAAAAAUUGCAGAACAUUUAGAAAUUUCGAAAACUUUUAGAAAAGAUAAAACGGAGGAAGAAACAUCCGUAAAAGCGGAGAAUGAUUUUGACGAAUUUGUAAAUGUCAAAUUGAUAAAAGAAAUGGAAGAGAUAACGGGAAAAGAGAUUAAUGACGGAAAUAUCGAAGAUAAGAGUAUAAAUAAUGAGGAGCAAAGAGAAUAUUUAAAUGACGAAAAUUAUGAAAAUGAACUGAAAAUGAUAGAAAAAGAAAUUGAAUCUAACAAAGAAGAAAAAAAGGACGGAGUUUUGCAUGGAAAAAAUAAUGUUUCGAAAUUCCUCGAAAAUGUGGAACAAUAUAUAAAUGAUAAUGGUGUAUUAAAUGACAAGGAUGAUGAAGAGGAAUAUACGAUAAAUUGUCCUCAUUGCAAAGAAGAAUUACCAUACCAUGGUGAAGGUGUUACGAUUUGCCUCGAAACUUGUCGUCAUAUUCUUUGCAGGUAUUGUAUCUCCAAUUUAUUGCACAAAUUAAUAAACAAUGAGAUAAGUGAAUUAAGAUGUCCUUACAUCGAGGUAACACCAUGCAAUACGUUAAUUGAUGAAGCUGAAUACAACAUCGAAAUGUUGGUCCAUCCGAAUCUUUAUAAAAAAUAUUUAAUGUCAUUAGCUGAAAAGUUAGAAGACGAUAUCAAAAGUACAGUGUUUUGUUGCAAGACAUUUGAAUGUGAAGGUUGGUGUGUCAUUGAAGGUGACGAUGUGAAUUAUUUUUUAUGUCCCAUAUGUAAGAAAAAUAAUUCUGUACAUUUAAAUACUAAUGAAGAUGAAAAAGAAAUAUCAAAAGAUAUGGAGAAAUAUAUGGACAUGCAAAAUGAAAGAUACAACGAAUUAAUGUUAUUAAUGGAAAAUGACAGUGUACCAAAUUUUGAACCAUUCGAAUGUCCAAUAUGUUUAGUUCCUUAUAAUCCCCACGAAGGGUUAAUUUUGAAGAACUGUUUACACACAUUUUGCAAAAUGUGCAUUGCAAAUACCGUUUUAUUUUCUGAUUAUGCAGAUGUAAAGUGUCCGUACAAAGACGAAAAUUAUUCUUGCGAUGGAACGAUUCAACAAUGCGAAGUCAAAGCGUUACUAAAAUUGGACGAUUAUAAAAAAUAUUUACAAAGAUCGAUAAAACAAGCGGAAAGUGAAGCGGGAAAUUCCGCUUAUCACUGUAAAACACCGGAUUGUCCUGGUUGGUGUAUUUAUGAAUCAGAUGUUGAAAGUUUUAUAUGUCCCGUAUGUGAAAAAAGAAAUUGUCUUCUAUGUAAGAAAAUACAUAAAACAAACUGUAUAGAUGAUUUGUUAUCAACGGAAUCACCAGAUUCGCUGAAGUCUGACUAUCUCAUUCAAGAAAUGUUACAAACUAAAAAUGCACUUCCAUGUCCUACAUGUAAAACAGUCAUUAUAAAAGCAGAUGGUUGCGAUGCAGUUAUAUGCACUAUAUGUAAAACCGAAAUAUGUUGGCUAACACGAGGACCACGUUGGGGCCCUAGAGGAAGGGGAGAUACUUCCGGUGGAUGUAAGUGUAACAGGUUGGUUAAAUGUCAUCCACUAUGCCGCAAUUGCCACUGACUGUGUCUAUUAAAAAUACACAUUUUAUAUAUAAUAAAGCGUAUAAUUAGCUAAAAUGAAAAACAUAUUUUUUGUAUGUAUCAAUAAUAAAAAUGUGAAAAUAUAAUC